CAAACGAUUGAGUAACAUUACAACACCGAUUUACUUUUAGGACAAACAUGGAUUAAGAAAUAUCAAGCAAUUCUUAAUUGUAAAGAUCAAUGUGUCACUAUUACAAAAGAUAAUGGUUCAAAACGUAUUCAAUAUAUACCAGCUUAUGAUGAUAAUGACGGUGAUCCACAUCGACAAUAUAAUGUCCGAUUAGUACAUGAUGUUACCAUUAAACCUCGAACAGUUCAACCGAUUGAUGCUAUUUGUCCAUCAAUUCUAAAUGCAGAUACUGUUAUAUUCCGUCCACGACAACAACUUCAAGAAGAUUUUUUAAUAUUGAUUUCAAAUAGUUUGUUAAAUAUUUAUCACCAUCGGACAACAUUGAAUAUUGUUAAUCAUACUGAUACUGAUUGUGUAUUACCCAAGAAUUCAAAGUUAGGUAAAGUUCGCCAUGUUCGAUCAGCUAGUCUGUGUUGUAAUGUUACUCAAUCGUUUGAAUCAUUAAGAUCUGAUGCUGUUAUACAAAGAAUUGAAGAAAACAUUAAUACAUUAAUUAAACAUUUGCAACCGAAACAACAAGAAUUAAUCCGUCCAAUGUUAUUACAAGAAUGGAACGUUUUUGACACUAGUAAACCAUCUCAGGCCGCGAAUUUGAAAACAGAACAUCGAAUUAUAACACAAGAUCAUCCACCGAAUUAUCAAUGUGCUUAUCGUGUCCCUGAACCCAUUAAACAACAACAGAAAGAAUUAACUGAUGAAAUGGAAAGAAAUGGUCAAAUUAAUCGAUCUCAAUCACCAUGGGCAUCCCCAGUGCUACUAGUGAAGAAGCAUGAUGGUAGUCCCAGAUUUGUUGUUAACUAUCGCAAACUGAAUUUUAUUACUAUUCGAGACAGUUAUCCACUCCCUCGUAUGGAUGAUACUAUUAAUCAAUUAGCCGGAUCCAGAUAA